AUGGAUUUCAACCCCCUCUUCACCUUCGAGCCCUCUGUCCACGCUGAUUCUUCCUCCUCUGCCUCUGUCGCCGAUCUCGAUGAUCACGGCGGCCGUCGGGAAUCGUUGCCGCAACAACAACCACCACCUGUUUCCUCGCUUCAGAUGGUGAACAUCAAGACUCACGUGCCAACGGUCCUUGACAUCGUCAACCCCAACUACCCCGAAUGGCGCUGCUUCUUCGACUCUGUCAUCGGCAAGUUCGGCCUUCAAUCCCACAUCGCCGCCGCCCCCACCGCCGCUCUCCCCUAUGUCAUCUGGAGCGCCAUCGUCGACCUCUUCCGCGACCACCAGCUCCACCGUGCCGUGUACCUAGAGGCCGAGUUCCGCAGUCUGUACCAAGGCGAUCUCAGCAUCACAGACUACACCGCCAAGUUGAAGGAGCUCGCCGACACCCUGCGCGACCUCGGCCAGCCGGUCUCCGAGCCGUCCCAGGUACUCAACAUGCUUCGCGGGCUCAACGGGAAAUACCGCCACACCAUCUCCGCUAUCACCUCCAGGCAACCCCCGCACACCUUCCUCUCCGCCCGCUCCUUCCUCCUGCUGGAGGAGCUCUACGACUCCCAGCACGGUAAGAUGGCCGCCCACCAUGCCAUGGUCGCCCAGAGCGGCACCCGGCAACCACCUGGCGGCGUUGGCAGCUCUGGAACGGGCGGAUCCGGACAGGGCGGCUCCAGCAACCCUGCCGGCGGUUUUGGCGCCUCCUACGGUGGAAACAGGUCCAAGAAACGCCGCGGCCGUGGCAACGGCAACCCCGGCGGUUCCCAAUCCCUCGCCACCGCCGGUGGAUCUUCCUCCUCCACGCAGCGGCCGGUCUUCCCCAACACGCCGUGGGCUGCCGGGUUUAACCCGUGGCAAGGCAUGGUCCAAGCCUGGCCCAUGCCGUUCCGGGCUCCCGCGGCUGGCGUCCUCGGCCCAAGGCCCGGCACCCCCAACCAGCAGGCAUUCAUCGCUGGGACUCCAUCGUUCCCCAGCGGCACACACGCGGGGUUGAACGCGGCCCCGUCCGGCUGGGAGCCGAACUCGCUGCUCGCCGCUCUAGCCAGCGCCGGUGUACCUCCCGCCGGCAACAGCAGCUCCGACUGGUUCCUGGACACCGGCGCAUCGUCUCACAUGGCCUCCGCCCCUGGUAACCUCCAUUCCCUGCGCCCCCUUUCUUCCUCUCCCUCUGUGACAUUUCGCUUGCCCAUCCUCGCUCUCCAAACUGAUAAUGGUCGAGAGUUCGACAACUAUGCCUUGCGCAAGUACUUUUAG